UGAAAUGGAAAGCUAACAGAAGGUGAGAAGUUUUUCGCUUGCAUCUUAUUAAAGUCAAUGCAUGGUUAUGCUCUGAGACACGGGAAACCAAAUCGUAUAGAAGGUCGCGGAUUUUGUCGACCCCACAGCAGGGCUGCAGCAGGUGGAAGCAGCGGCCGCGGCCACGGAGAUGGCCAACUUGAACUGGAAACCGUUUAUCUACGGAGGGAUGGCCUCGAUUGUCGCAGAAUUCGGCACAUUUCCCAUUGACCUGACUAAGACCCGACUACAGGUCCAGGGUCAGUCCCAGUACACAGAGGUGCGCUACAGGGGCAUGUUUCAUGCCCUGUUCAGGAUUGGGAAGGAGGAAGGCAUUCGGGCGCUCUACUCUGGGAUUUCCCCGGCUCUUUUGAGACAAGCCUCUUAUGGCACAAUCAAGAUAGGAACCUACAACUCUCUGAAGAGGCUAUUUGUCAGUCGGCCAGAAGAUGAGACGAUGGUCAUCAACGUCUUCUGUGGCGUCGUGUCUGGAGUACUGUCCUCUUCUUUGGCCAACCCUACAGAUGUUCUCAAGAUCAGAAUGCAGGCGCAGGGCAGCCUGCUCCAAGGCAGCAUGAUGUCAAACUUCAUUAACAUCUACCAGACAGAGGGUACCAGGGGGCUGUGGAGAGGUGUCAUCCCCACAGCACAGCGAGCAGCUAUUGUUGUCGGAGUGGAACUUCCCGUCUAUGACAUAACAAAAAAGCACCUCCUUCGCUCAGGCCUCAUGGGAGAUACCAUUUUAGCGCAUUUCAUUUCAAGUUUUGCGUGUGGCUUGGCGGGGGCACUGGCCUCCAAUCCUGUGGACGUGGUCCGGACUCGAAUGAUGAACCAGCGGGUCUUGUCUGGAAACCCUAUUUACAAAGGAACACUGGAUGGACUAAUGCAGACGUGGAAGAAUGAGGGCUUCUUUGCUCUCUACAAGGGAUUUUGGCCUAACUGGCUACGAUUGGGUCCUUGGAACAUCAUUUUCUUCAUCACCUUUGAGCAGCUGAAGAAGCUCCCGUUUUAAAAAAAAAAAGAGCCAGCAGUGGGACUGUACGGGUCUGUUGGACUGUCAGAGAUAAGUGGGGCAUGAGCGCGGCAGCACCAGGAGAUUUGGCAUGACUACAUUCACACUUCCUUUGAACCAGUAUCAGUGAUACGGCACAGUAUCACAGUAUCCCUGCUCUUUUUGUCCUUUUUUUUUCUUUUUUUUUAAGUUUAUUUAUUUAUUUAUUUUUAUUGUUUUGGUUCUCAUAAAGUUUUAAAGACUGCUGUGUUAAAUGAUUACUCUUACUGUUUUACACUCCUCGGGCAGCUAAAUGCAUGGUUUUAGCAAAAGAGUGCAAGCUUAGAGGACAGUGUCUUUUUUUUUUGUUGUUGUUGUUGUUUAGCUGUGAGGAACACAGAGUCUAGUGUCGAUUGCACGAGUGGAUUUUUAAACCCGGGCUUUCACAGAAGACAGAGUGGACAAUUUCUAAUUAUUUGCUCAGGAUUCCUACACGCAGCUGGAAAACAUAGUUUAUAGAGUUAGGAGGGGAAAGGGUGAAGUGUAGAAAGCUUAGUUUCAGGGGAAGUUUGCUGGGGAAAUAUCUCAUAAUUUAACUGCUGAUUAGUGAGGAAUAGCACGGAUGAGUGGUACACAUGACAAAGUGACUGUUGCAGGUAGUCACAGUACUGAGAGAUGAAGGUAAAACAAAGCUGACACUGAAACAAAGAGAUGAUGUUUCUUUAAAUGAGUUGGCUUCUGUUGGUUUUGGUUUUACAGUCAGAAAUCUGAACCAAAGCCUGUGUAGAGUCAAGGCACACAUUAGCUCUCUUAUUUUUAUCAUUUUAAUUUUUAAGUAACACCUGUUUCCAAGCAGCCAGUCCUUAAUAAAGAGGUUUCUUUUGUUUGUUCUUUCAGUUCUGUUCACAUUGUAUCUGAAUCAAUACCAGGAGGUAAUCAGUUGUGACCUUGGUGCCACACUAAUAAGAGAACAAUCAGUACAUAGUGUAAAUGGCUGUACAGACACAUUCGCACACAGAGCUGGAUGUAUUUUACCCGAGGCAUGUUCAUGUACAUACACUGCCUUAUCUUUCCUCUUUUAACCUCAGUUGUGCCAAAUUGCAUUCACCCCCCCACCCCCCAACACACACACACACACACACACACACACACACACACACACACACACACACACACACACUUCCUUUCAGUCCUUGCAGGAAGUCACUGUAGGUAAUAUAGAUGACCAGUGACAGCAUGUGUAAAUCACAUUCUCUGAGCUCCACCACAUGUAAAACAGACUAAAUGCAUGGUUAAUUUAUUUUUAAUUGGUUGUUUAAGUUUGAUUUAUUUAAGUUUUUUUUUUUUUCUCUCUUCUCAUUUUGUGUCCUGGGGUUGGUCAAAUGUUUGUCAUCCCAGGUGCAGUUUUUUUGGCUUACUAUAUCAAAAUCCUUAAACAGCACUGCACGCUGUUUCCUGCUCUGCAGUGCUGGGUUAUAUUUGAGUAACAUUUUGUGAACCAGCCGCGCUCCACAUUGGUCAUAUUCAUCUAUGUUGGUGUGCCAUCUUUCUCUCAAGUGCUAAGAAACAUGAUUGGAUUUUGUGAAUCCAUUUCUUCCUCUAACUGCUUCAGCCUGCUUCCUCUGCUUUUGAUUAAAAGACACAUAUAGUGGCCGUUGGUACUGACAUGAAUCAUUGUAGCUGCAGAAAUGUUUGUUUUUAGGGCGUACUCACACUAGCUACAGUGGCCUUGUAUCCCACCCAAGCUCGCCCCCUCCCCAUUCCUCUACAUCCUGCACUCACGAUGUUCUUAACUGUAACUAUCUACACUUCAUUUGUAUCCACAUCUCUUUCACACUCGCUCGAGCUCUCUUUCAAGCACGCACACUUUGGGCAGCACUCUUGCGUAGCACAGUUAUGUUCAUGAUUUUAUGCAUCUUGUAGUUUAAUUGGAGCAGUUUCAGAAGGACUACUUAACGCAAUUUUCAUGAAGGCAGCUGUUAAAGAAGCAGUUAAGUUGUGUGCUUGGGCCUGGGCCUGCCUCUUCAAGCAGAGCAGGGAACCGUGUCAAACUGAACUUUGGGGCACAGGACUGACUGAUUUUAUCCUUCAUUGAUCCUGACGUUACAAUCCUAAAUAAAACAGACGCAGUCUUCCGAUCUAAAUGCUGUUGUCCUGUGCAUAUUUUUUAUUAAAGUCACUAUUAGAGAAUAAUGUGUUUCCCAAGGAGAUGCUGGUCAAUUUUACUUCUCCCCAAACUGCUGUAACAUUAGGCAUUUUUUUUUUCCCCCCAGUUUUUGUUCCACAGUUUGUAAUCUGUCAAUGCCACACUUAAAAAGACUUGAGAAAUGUUGGUUUUAUUUCUGAGUAUACUUCAUUUUGUUAUUUUCUAGUGUAAAGUGCUGCUUUCAGAGGCCACUUUAAAAUAGGUUUUCACAGAGACCUGGGAGAGUUGUGGUGGUAACAGCCUUACGCUUUACAUAGAUCGCCUGUUAACGAUGAUAUUCUGUGACUCUGUUCUUCCUGUUCUGAUGUCUCAUCACGGCAGUGAGAGUCCAUAUUUUUGUGUUUCAGUUUUAUGUCUGCACACUCUGAGUUAAGGAGUCAGGUUGAAGUGAGAUGUCAGGUGGGAAUGCAGCUACAUAAGGAUGUUUUUCACAUUAUCUCAUUCAAAUUACAGAACAUAUUUUCUUAUUUUCCUCUUUUAAUGUGCUGUAAAACCAGGAGUGAUGACUGACAUUCAUGCACUAAUGUUCAUAUUUCACGUUUUCACGACGAAUGUAUGUGACAUCACAGUGGGGUUAAUUCACUUUCUGCUUUUUUGUUAUGUCUACAGUUCAAAUGUUGGAGGCUAUUAAACAUCAGUGACACAGAUCGCUCUGAACACUUUAAGUUUCAGAUAUAUAAUUUUUUUCUUCACUUUUGGAUCUGUAUGAGAGUGGAUAUCCCAAAUAUGUUCAUCAUAGAGGCACAGCUGCAACUGUGAUCACAGAAAACUCACCUACCUGCUGUUUGUGAGGGGCAGCCAAUUAGAAGGUUUGCUUCAGAUAUGAUGAACUGAGGGGCUGAACAAAGGCCCAGUAUUGUGGAGCUGGAAAUGAGAUCCACUUUUAAUGUUAUGUGAAAAGAUCAGCUUUUAAACAUCCAAAGUCUUUUCUGACUGUCCAGUAUUUGGAACCCUGAUUGUAGAGUUAUUUCACAAAAUUUGGCGGCAUCGGGUUUGAUAGUUUUGUUUUAAGCUAACAUUUCUAAUCAUCUCAAUAUGACAGUCUAUGGAUUUGUCUAUUUAUGUGACUCUCUUCAGUUAACCUGAAGUCAAGACAUUUCUUAUUUAUUUGUAUGUAUGUUUUUAUUUGAACUGUUAACGUGCCAUGGGUGGACCGCAUCAACACUUCACAUUUUUGGGGCCUUGUAAUUUUUCCCACCGGUGUGUGUGCCAUGUUUUUUUUGUUGUUGUUUGUUUGUUUUUAACAACAUUUCUUUUGUUUUCUCUUUAAGUCUAAAAGGUCACUUUCCCUUCAGGCACGUGGUCCCUGUUAUCUACUUUUACCUUUCUUUGUAUCACAUUAACAAAAGUAAAAACUGUUACACGGCACCGGCCAUUAAUUUAGUUUGAUUUUUGGGCAUCUGCGAUCAUGACAGUCUGAAGGGAAAUGAUUUUCUCUGGACAGUUACCGUAUUGCUUUGGUUGUUGAGUUAUACUUUAUGGAAACGCAUCAUCAAAAGUAAGGCACCGUCUACAAAAAGGAAUGCUCUGUGUCCUACUAAGUUGAGAUAUUAAAGUUUUCAUCAUUCUGCUGUUUAAAAAAAUGUUAAUAGUGGAACUUUAUAACUGAAAAAUUCUCACCUUCCUUUACAGUACAAAAGCAGAAGGAAUAUCCUGAUAUUUUGUAACUGUUUUCUUCACUCCCUCUGAUCAUUUGCACUUUGGUGUGUGCUCAGCUUUUAUCAUUGCUGUCUAAAGACUUUCUUGUUCACUUAAUAAAUUUCUACGCUGGAGGUUUUAAGUAGAGAGUAAUUUUUUUUUUUUUUUUUGACAGAGUGGGAUUGGCUUUAUAUAAAUUCACUGUUCACUCAUAAUAAAAUAUAUGCUGUGAUUUUUAAUUUUCUGUAUUUUUGUAUAUU